AUGCGAUGGAUUGACCAACGAGACAAUAUCCCUUCUAACGGACCCAAGGAUAGGCGUCUCGGAAUUAUCCACUAUGGCUGCACUAUCAUCGAAGAUUACACGGUACCUGCGACCCGAUCCGCCUUCAAGAAAGACAUGAGAGGCCACUGGAUUGAAGAGAAGGAUGGAAAGGUCAAGAUAUUUAUCCGGGGUAUCACAGAAUACUUUCAGGGUGACAUAUGGCACACAAACCAGUGGGUACCUAGCAGAGUCGUCAAGCGGGGAGACCCGUGGAAAAACAGUAUCAAAGAAUGGGCUUUCAAUAUGGACCUCAGCACAUGGGAGCUUGGGGGCGUGCAAGAUCCUCCUAAGACCAACACUGCAGACACCUCAGUCCUCGCGAAUACAAUCGCUGGCCUUAUGGACGAGUUCGUGACAAAUCCGGCGCCCUUCAUGGGCAGAAAAAUCGCUGAGCUCCUAGAAAAGAGAGCUUCUAGGGGCAGGGGAAAUGAUGUCGCCUCUGUUGUCCAGACUAUCCUCCAAGGUAUCCAGGAUGCCGGCCUCUACGAGGUGCUGAACACGCCCGAUUUCAACAUCGACAGUCUCAUCGACGAAUCCAAGAUCGCAAUCAAUGGCAAGCUCCCUAAAGGCACUGGAGGCAUAUACAUACGCUAUCACCGAUCUACAUUCAGCGUCAAGCGCUGUUGGCGUGCAAACACAUAUUACGUUUACAUAGGCAAGACAGUCGACUACCGUAACCGAUUCGACAGUCAUCCAGAGUCAACCAGCAGCUACGGAGACUUGACUCGCAAUUCCGCAUUCAUAGAAUCAUCAGCUCUCUGCACGAUGACGGACGAAGAUAACAUCGACUUCUCAUACCUCGUCGAACAGAUCUUCGUGUGCCUUUUAGAGUCUUACCGAUCAGAUCUUCUUGUGGACGAAGAUGAUCCCUUUAGGCUGGGUGGUGACAGUCCGAUUGAGCAUGCUGAAGCAAUCGAGACUGCGCUCUAUUUUAGGCGAGUCUCAGAGAAAGUUUUUGAGAAGACUGGAUGGCCUGGCGCGAUCGACCGGGAGGGCUUUGGCGUAGAAUUCGGAGCAAACUACAGCAGCCCUUACAAGGAGUGGAGCCUGAAGAGUGAACAGCUUCUCUUCCUUCGCCAUGACAUUCUCGAGAAGUCACGUAUCGACGGAUCAGUUAUUCCCAUCUCGGUGUUCAGGACAGCCAAACCAAAGGUCGCAACUUACCGUGAGAAACAACGAGCUUCGGCUGGUUCAGAGAUCAACGUCUUCCAGAAAUUCCACGCCGGCAAGUACUUCUUCGGUGUCAGCCAUGUCCAAUUUGUCAUGGACGGGACUAUGGGUCCCACGAACGGUCAACCCUACUACCUCGUCUUCGAGGUUCGCACGGAUGGACAGGCUCAUCCUAAUGCCUGGUCAAGGUUACCACGGAUCGGUGCGUUCUGUAACUGGCAACAAGGCCGCGCAUUAGCAGUGCGUAUGGAGUGGGAAUACCCAGUCGGCUCAGGCAACUUCCGUUUCCGCUACAUGCACACCCGUAAAGUGUUCACGUUCAAGAAUGCGCCAACCGACCGCGGUUCAAAUAUUAACUACGUUAGAUCUAUCGCAAUAACACAGUGGCUGUUCAAUGCUGCGCCGAACAACCCUCAACCUUGGAUGGAAAAGUUAAGGGGAUGUGCCUACGUCCUCCAAACUGUUUUCGAUUACCAUACCCAAACUGUCCAGAUCAAACUACCGGAGCCACUCACGAUGAUCAACGGUGGUAGAUUCUCCGCUGUAGAGAUCCAGCGCCAGAUGACCCAAGGUGGCCUCUUGAACGUGAAUGGCGAGUUUGAGAGCGCUGGCAGACGAAAGAAUUGCGACACUUGCGCUUUACUGGCAGUCAACGCGAAAGAUCUACUAGCCAAAGGAGGCUGCAAGCAGCUUGUUAUUCCAGGUACAGACCUUGUCGUUUGCGCAAUCUGCUUGAUCUUCGGACGUCCCUCCUGCAGCUGGACUACAGGCAAUGGCUUCAAAGAACCUGCGUACUACACAGAUGGUAUGAUUCAGGGAACAUUGUUGAAGCAGGCACAGAUCUCAUCAGACGAGGUUGCCCUCAAUAAUAAGUGGUUAUCGUUGCUUAUUGCCCAGCCUCUGCCAGCACUGGAACAGACGGGCGAGGAAUUCAAGCAGCAGUUGGUCGACAUUAUCGAUCUCUCAAGAGAAGAGGACGACCUCUCCGACGCAGAAGAGGUAGGCGAUGAGCCAGGUGGCGAGGACGACUAA